CUGACCACUCGCGCCUGCUAGAACCCAGAAUGGCGGUCGUCCGGCGACAAUCAGGCCAUGCAAAUCAACGAGUCCAUGAGCUUCCAGUUCCUCACCAGCUUCGACAUCCGAACCUUAUCCUCGAGAGGCGCCAAUCGCGGCAACGAUGUGACAGGCCUGCUCUACGUGCCUACCCUCGCCGAAUCCGAUCCAUGCGUCAACACGAGUGCGCCAUAUGUACCCCAGAACGCCACCCGUCGUGCGCAGCUUCCCCCGGACGAUUUCAAUCUCAUAGGGCUGGCGCCAUGGGUGAGCAGUACUUGCGCGCUGCAUUACAUGGAGGCUGCAAGACAGGAUCCUGUGCAUAGCCUGGUGUUCUUCGUGCCGGACAACGGUACUGGCAUUCCUCCAGACGUUCACGAUAGACAAUGGGACAUUCCCAACGCCGGCAAUUGGAAGGCGGAGAAUGGAUUUCCCAUAUAUGCCAUUAAUGGCCAGAAGGGAGCACUGUUGAUGAACGCCAGUUCAUUGUACAGUGGCAAUAUGACAGAUGUACCCUUCGGACAUGACUUGACAGAAUUCUACGAUUCUCGGGACUAUGUGAGGUUGUUUGUCGACAUCGAUACUGGGAACGGCACUUCUCUGCCCUCUUUGUGGAUCUUCCUUCUCAUAGUUCUUGGCAUUCUGCUGGCCAUCAUUGGACUGACCUCAUUCGCAAUGCACUGGCUCCAGCGACGAAGGCGACAAAACUUGCGUAGACGUGUCCAGCGUGGCGAGGUGGACCUCGAAGCUCUCGGGAUUAAGCGCCUCACUGUGCCACAAGACCUGCUGACCGCCAUGCCUCUGUAUACAUAUGGUAAAACUGCAGACGGCGCUGUUUCCUCGGGUACUGAUGCAGACACUGACCUGGAGAAAUUACCAAGUGCCACACAAACGGAGCGCGUUCAAGCUGCAGCAGGAAUACCUGCAAAUAGGAACAGCAGCUAUAACCCAACGGCUCUCGAACAGCCCACGUGCGCUAUUUGUCUCGAGGAUUAUGUCCCUGCUACACACGAAGAAGAAGGCACUAUGGUGCGAGAGCUUCCCUGCCACCACAUUUUCCACCCUGAAUGCGUCGAUACAUUCCUGCGCGAUAGCAGCAGUCUUUGCCCUAUGUGCAAGAAGUCUGCCUUACCUGCUGGAUAUUGUCCUCGCGUCAUCACGAAUGCUAUGGUCCGAAGGGAGCGUAUUUUGAGGAGAAUGCGGGAACGAUUGGCUGAAGACCCGGAUGCUGUAGAUGGCAUAUUCCCUCCGAGCUUCCACCAACGAAUGAGAUCUUUGCCAGUCAUACGGCAAUAUCGAGCUCAGCGCGGAAUGGAUAUCGCACCUCCCACGGCAAGUCAGCAAAUGACUCAGCUCGAUCCCGUGCCUCCCACCAACAUGAGCGAAGUGCCGCUCGCUCCCGCUACAGGCGACGAAAGACCGCAAGUGCAACCUCCCGCCACGGCUGCCCAUCGAAGCUGGGCCCGCCAGAGAGCGGAGGCAAUGCUGGGUCGCCGUGCCCCAGACGACCCGGAAGCUGAGGAGGCGAGAGCAACGCCAGCUUGGCGAAAGGCCCUCAGAGGUCUAUUCCCAAGGCAUUAA